GCCGUUUCGGUUGAUGGCGGCGGCGUGGCGGUGAUCCAUCCCGCGCCGCACCGUAUACGGCUGUCGUUCUCAUCCUUUUCAGCCGGGUGCAUCCCCUGCACACAGAUACGGCUGUCCUUCCCAUCCUUUCCCGCCGGGUCCAUCACCGGCGCAGGUACGGCUGUCGUUCCUCUCCUCCUUUUCCGCUGGGUCCAUCCCCGGCACAGGUUUAUUUGUUUAUGAGAUUAAUGCCAUAUUUCCAGUCUGUUGUCUGUGAAGCAUCCUAAAGCAUGGAGAACUUCGUUUUGUAUGAGGAGAUUGGAAGAGGAAAUACUACAGUUGUUUAUAAAGGAAGAAGAAAAGGGACAAUUAAUUUUGUUGCCAUUAUUUGCAGUGAUAAAUGCAAGAGAAUUGGAGUAGCAAACUGGGUUCGUCUGACUCAGGGACUCUCACAUAAGAAUAUAAUGGCAUUUUAUGAAUGGUAUGAAACAAGCAACCAUCUCUGGCUUGUAGUGGAAUUAUGCACGGGUGGUUCUCUAGAAUCUGUCAUUGCUCAGGAUGAAUGUCUACCAGAAGAUGUGGUGAGAGAAUUUGGUGUUGAGCUGGUUACUGGUUUAUACCACAUUCAUAAGCAUGGAAUUAUCUAUUGUGAAUUGAAGCCUGGAAAGAUUCUACUGGAAGGGUCUGGCACUUUGAAAUUCAGUAGUUUUUGCCGGGCUAGAGCAGAGGGUGAAGACUUGGAAAAAGUUUUUGCUUUAGCUGGAGCUGAAGAAGGUGAAGAUAUUAAUGAAAGCACUCUGAAAAAAUACUUAAAAGAUAUAGUUCAAGGCUUUCCAUUAUACACAGCUCCUGAAGCAAUAAAGGGAGACAACUUCUGCAAAGCCAGUGAUCUGUGGUCCCUGGGAUGUUUACUCUAUGAAAUGUUCUCAGGAAAACCACCAUUCCUUUCAGAAAGCCGUUCUGAAUUAAUUGAAAAGAUUUUAUCUGACGAUCCAUUGCGACCAGGACCAGAGAGUUUUGCUUUUCACAAACCUUCUGCUGAGUUCAUAAGUUUGCUUGAUGGGUUACUUCAAAAGGAUCCUCAGAAAAGGCUGAAUUGGACAGACCUAUUGCAGCAUCCAUUCUGGAAAGGAUCCUUUAGCCAUUGUGGUGGUGGUUCUGCAGACAGACAGGGCACAAGCUUGAGCAGAGAAGACACAGAGUCACCAGUUUCUUGUAGUGCCAAAGAGUCAGUGGAUGAUCAUGAAAAUCUAGAUAACCUGUCAUCCUCAAGGGCAGGUCUUAAAUCACCAAGCAAUUCUUUCAAAAUAGAAACUCAGACUGAAUUGCGGCCCAAAAGUGCAGCUGAUGGUGAAUCAAAUGAAUCCAUAUUUCUUCUCAGUUCUCGUCACACACCUAGAACUAAUUCUGCAGUAGAAGUAUGUGAUGCUACUAAUGUCCCAGUCAAAAAUUCUUCACAAGGAGAUUCAUGGUUGAAAAAAGCUGAAAAUGUGUGCUCAAGUCAGCAGGAUAUGGAGUCAAAAUUGAAGGAGCUCAUUUACACUGAAUCUGAUCUUACAGUGACACCAAUCAUUGACAAUCCAAAGAUAAUGAAGCAAGUACCAGUUAGAUUUGACCCGAAAACUUUACAUCUACCUGCAUAUUCAGUUGAGAAGUUGUCCUCUAUGAAAGAUUCGGACUGGAAUAACUUCGUGAAAAGAGUGUGUUCCCUGCUUGAAUCCAGCGAGAAGAAUACAGGAGCAGCACGUUCUAAACUGAACUUACUGUACUAUCUGUGCACUUUGGUUGUCCGCAAGGAGAUUGCAAACAGGCUAAUUAGCUCUCAGCUAUUUCCUAUAUUGAUACAACAGUUGCGUGCAGCUGCCAACUGGGAUAUACGUGCUAACGUUGCUCGAGUGAUUGGUUUACUGGCGUUACACACAUCUGAACUUGAAGAAAAUGUACCUGUUUCUGAGGCAAUUACACUUUUAACUGAGCUAAUCAGAGAGAAUUUCAGAAACAGCAAAUUGAAGCAAUGCUUUCUACCAGCACUUGGGGAGCUGCUUUUCCUCAUAGCCAGCAAGGAGGAAAAAGGGGAGCACCCCAGGGAAUGCUGGGCUGUUCCCUCGGCUGCUUACACUGUGCUAAUGAGGUGUCUUCGGGAAGGGGAAGAGCGGGUAGUGAACCAUAUAGCAGCAAAGAUAAUUGAAAAUGUUUGUACUACUCGUUCAUGCCAUGCACAAGGAUUCAUUACAGGAGAAAUUGGACCUGUCUUGUGGUACCUCUUCACACAUUCUACAGGAGAUUCUUUGAAGAUAACUCCUAUUUCGGCUUUGUGCAGAAUUACUCGUUCCUCACCUAAUGCUUUCCAGAGUGUCAUUGAAAAAGUGGGAUUAACAGCUGUACUAAAUUCCUUGGCAAAUGGAAUGUGUAAAAUUCAGCAGUACAUGCUCACCAUGUUUUCAGCAAUGUUGUCAUGUGGAAUUCAUCUGCAGAGGCUAAUUCAAGAAAAGGAUUUUGUGACUACAAUUACUCGUCUACUUGAAAGUCCUUCAACUUUUAUUCGAGCAAAAGCCUUUCUGGUCUUGCUACAAGUUUUAAUUAAUAACAGGGAGAUGUUGCUCCUCAGUUGUCAAACAAGACUAUUGAUGUAUAUUGAAAGAGACAGCAGAAAGACCAUGCCAGGAAAAGAGCAGCAAGGUGGCAGUGAAUACCUGUCAAAAUGCCUGGAUCUUCUCAUCUAUCACAUUGUGCAGGAGCUGCCAGGAAUUCUAGGUGACAUUCUCAGUGCCCUAACUAAUGUCUCUGGACGUAAACACCCAUCAACAGUCCAGGCCAAACAGCUGAAGAUGUGCCUUCCUAUGAUGCCUGUAGUGCUUCAUCUUGUGACAUCCCAGGUAUUUCGUCCCCAGAUAGUCACAAAGGAGUUUCUUUUCAACUAUGGCAUCUUACUCGAGUUCAUCAGAUCAAUAGAUUCAGGAGAAACUAUCUUGGACAGAGCAAUAGGGCAAGCUGCAUCAGAAGAAUUGAUUAAGACUACUUUAUUGACCUUUGAAGCAGUAACAGAGCAUCCCAGCUUGCUGAUGACCCAUCGCUUGACUGUUGAAGACUCUAUCAUCCCACCACUUGUUUCUUUGGUCCACAGUCAGAAUGUGGAAUGGAGACUCCUCAGCUUGCGGUUGCUCUCAGAAACCACAUCAGUGCUUUUAAGACACGAAGUCAUGGGUGAGGAGAGAGGGGAGAGACUCAACUCAAACAACAAGCUUCUGUCUCUCAUUAGAGAUUUACUUCUGCCUCAGUAUGAGCGCAUUCUGCUGGCUCCAGACCCAGUACCAAUGUAUGCUCUGAAACUUCUGGUGGCCCUGACUGAUGGCAGCCCUGCUUCUGUGAGCCUCAUGGAAGAAAACCAUCUUUUUCCAGCUCUUUUUCAAGUCAUCUUGAGAUACCAGGACAGUAUACUUGGGAAUACAAUGCAAACUGUAAUUGUCUUACUGAAUAAUAUUGUUGCUAACAAAAAUGUGAACAUGAUGCCACUCUUUCAAGAAGGACUGACUCAUCACAUCUGUAAUCUCCUAACAGAAGCUGUGGCCCUGUACUUGGAGGCAGAUGAUAAAAGGAGCACCAAGACAGCAAAUGUGCUGCUUUUGUCCUUACUUGACAUUUUGCAAUACAUGCUGACAUAUACAGCAAACAUUGUGCGCCAGACUUUGCAGGCACAGAAAUCUGGAGCAGGAGGGGACACGCAGGCUGCCGAAGAUCUUCUGCUAAUCAAUAAACCCCUGACCGACCUGAUUAGCCAGCUUAUUCAACUGCUUCCAAGUGAAGAUACUGAAAUAUUUUUGAGUGCUUCACAGAGCUUAUUAUUGCUGGUUCAGCUGUAUGGAGGGAGCAAUCAGGAGAGUAUGUCUCCAGAAAACAUGGACAGCUUUGCUGCAGUACUGAAGUCCAAAGAAGACCCACGAGAACUUAAGCUUUUGUUGAAAAUUGUUAAGAGACUGAUAACUUCAAACAAGAAGCACUUGGAGAGCCUGAAGAAUGAUGGCGAUGCUCUUAUCCAGGCUCUAGAGAACCUGGUCCAAACUGCCAGCUCUCACGUUGACAGUGCUGUUGCUUCCUUGGCAUUUGAAAUUCUGAGAGCAGUAGGACAUGAAAAUAUCAAGACUCUGGAGUGAACAAUUUUUGACCAGCCUUCUGAAAUGUGUAGGUUGUGUACUCUGCUCAGCACCUCGGUCCUGCAGGCACACCUUCAGAUGAGCUGAGCAUUUAGCAAUCUGAGCUGCAGCAUAUGCAGAAUUUUGGCUGGCUCAGUAAGGGAGGGGGAAGCUGGUUCAGCGGUAGGGAAGGGGUGGUUUGUUGUUUAAAUCCCUGCAGGGAUGAAUUCUUGGUUACUACUUUGCUUUGCUGGCAUUACAUGAUGUAGCUCAAGUUUUUGAUAGUUUGAAAGUGUAAAUUAAAGAAAUAGUAGAGUUACUUCACAAUAUAAAGUGUUUCAAGCUAGUUAGAAAUGCUCAUUUAUCUUUUGGAUCAGGUGACUGCCUUGGCUGUUUAUCUUGAGGGGUCACACCAUGCUUGUGACAGACACUGGGAAAAACCUUUUUACCAAGACAGACAAUAUCAUUCACCUCAAGCAACCAGUACCAACCACUGUGAUCACACAGAGGCUGUGUGUGGGGCAUGUAAGGAUAGAUGUUACCCAGGUUUCUACUUGCAGCCUUCUACUCGCUAGCCCCUCCUUUGCCUAGCACUGCUCAGCUUAAGCUACACGGGGGGAAUGUUGUUCUCAGCUGCCAACACUCCUGGCUGCAGUUGAGAACAGGUGUGAUGAUGACCCUGGCAAUGUGUCAAACCCCCAGUAAAAGCUGGUACCCUAGAAAAGGUCCUCUAGAGCUUGCAGAUCCCACAGUGCGUGUAGAGUUAAAUUCUUCUCCACAUGUGCUGUGGUUGAUGUCUGUCAGUUUGCCAGUGCACCCACCAAGCGCAGCUGCACAGCUGUCACAGCCCCGUUACCCAGAGUAUGUGGAUGCACGCUAACAGCCCAAUGUAAAGAGAUUUCACCUUGUGUCUUACAGGAAUUGUUUUCUUACAUUACUUCAAAUACUGCUAUCUUUCAGCUGGAGUUACUAGAAAGAGGAAAGAGUGACAUCCUGGCUAUUAUUUGGUGUAGUGUUUUACAGUAGGAGUUGAAUAGCCAAGUGUGGCUGAGAGGAACAAAGCUGGAUUCCUUGUGUGAGCCCUUUCCUUUUGCAGCAGAAGGGGAAGCAGGCUGGUGUGGCUCCCUUCAGCUCUCAGCAUCUUGAGCCAGGAGCCUCUGCAGCAAAGCCUGCUCUGAUCUUCUGCUGGCAAACUGCUGCCUGCAGUGGAUGUGCCUGGAGUGCUGCUCCCACAGUGCUGGUGACAGCUGCACAGUGCACAUGUGCAGUCUGCAGCUGAGCCAGCAGUCUCAGAACCACUUUGUCCCCUUGCAGUCACACAGGUGCUGCCUCAAGGGAAGUCAGUCACACACAGGUCUUGUCUUGCACAGCAGCUGAACGCUGAGGACACCUGAGAACGGCUUUGAACCAGCUGAGAGCUUGUGGGCAAAGGAUCUUUCCCUGUCCUUUAGUGCUGAGGGGAGCUGAGGCUGCUCACCCUUUGUGAAGCCCAGAGCCGUGGGGCUGGCAGGCCUGGCACCAGUGGAGUUGCCUCACAUCUGGCCAGACCUGCCCCACAUGAGGACCCUGCCAAAGCAAAGUAGGGGCAGACUGGUGACUGCGGCAGGAAACCUCCAGGCUAUGAAGGGUAACUAUGCCCGAGUGGGAUCAAAGAGGUCAAUUAUUCUUGUCUCCCUCCACUAAAGCGGUUGUGCAAGUCCAGGACUAUUUCUUAAUACACAAACGUAUUUUGUGAUCUGAAAUAAUUUGACACAGAAUGAAUUAAAAGUUUACUUUAAUUUUGAACCAUUUUAUAACUGCAUUUUUCUCAUGAAGCAUCUGUAUCACAGCAGGCUACAAUAACUUUGGGAUAAAAGGCAACUGGUAAACUGUCCAAUACAAGGUUCCAAAUAAACAGUUUUUACUGGCCCCUACCCAGACAUAUCCCAGAUAAAGUUUUUGAUCAAAAACAUGAAAUAGAUCCACCUGCUUAUUUUAAGCAUAUUAAAAAGGAAACUAAUUGGACCAUUUCUAUUUGUCUAGUUUUUUAUACAAAAAGGCUACACAAUGUUACACUUUAUUCAGAAUACAGUUAGAGCGAUUAUGAAUUAGUGUUCUACACCUUUACUCAAUCCUUAAAAAUUAGAAACUGCUGUAGCAUAUUCACUAUAACUUAAUACUACGAGAGACUUUAAAAAAAACUAACAACAAUUACUGCAAAAAGAAAGGCUACUUCCAAAGCAAGCAAGGUCAGUACCAUUACAGAGAUUUAAAAAAAAUAAUAAAUUUUUAACAAGCAAGGCUAGGGUUUGAUAAAUUCCAUCUUGCAACUCAUUCUUGUGCAUUCUUCAUUUCUUGAAUCACUCCCAAAAUCCAUUUGUAUUAUUACUCCUCGACCAAAAAGGACCAGAACAAAAAGUUUACUUCAAUUGUUCCCAUAGGAAACUCAGCUUGGUUAGUGUGUCAGGCACUUUCUGAGAUACUAGCCCACCCCUCGAGCCCUCUCAGCAACUCUACAGG